CCUCCAGCUGAUUUCCUUGGAUGGAGUGUGUGGUGUGUUUUUUUUCGUUUGAUGUUUGCGUCGCGCUGCUCGGCUAUGACCGCGGUGCUCGGAGUUCUUGUGGCGCACUGACACGCAGCGAACUCCCGAGACAUUAUGGCCCAGGCUGCUCAGAUGAAUGUCAUUGAGACCAACAGCCCGAUUCGCGUUGAACACGACAGGAAACGACGCCAGUUCAGCAUCCGCCUCAACGGUUCUUACGAUCGAGCAGUGUUGCUGUACGAGUAUGUGGGGAAGAAGACAGUGGAUCUGCAGCACACUGAAGUUCCAGAUGCUUACAGAGGACGAGGAAUCGCCAAGCACCUGGCCAAGGCAGCAAUGGAGUUCGUGGUUGAAGAAGACCUCAGGGCUCACCUGACCUGCUGGUACAUUCAAAAGUAUGUAAAAGAAAACCCUCACCCUCAUUACCUGGAGCACAUCAUCCACUGAGAACGAUGGCAACAGGAUGAACGGACUUGUGUUGCUGACUGUGUAACCGAGAGAGUGUGAAUGUUUGGAGGAGACGAGAUAGAAAUUAUCAGCAACUGUACAGACGGCGUAUCUCCGGCGUUUGGAGAACGCGCUUUUCAUGACCGGACAUAUUGGCCUGUUUUUACAGCACUGACUGUGGUUACGGGGGUUCUCAUGCCAACAUGCCUAAACAGGGUGCCAUGUAUACUACACAUGCCUUGCUAGCUCAAUGCCAGAAGGUCCAAAUGGUGCUCCAAACAUACAUGCAUGCAAAAAAAAUUUGAACCUGUUUCAUUGAAAGACAAUAUGAGAGCCUGUUUGUGAGUGAGUGUGUAUUUAGUACCAGUAGAGUCAUUACCAUCAUACACUAAGAGGCAAGACGGCUCUCAGGAUCGAAACCGCUCUCAAACAGUCAACACUAUGGACAGGGAGCGUGUAACGUGUGUCGGCAUAACAAAACUCUGGUGUGAGAUACGCCAUCGCAUUUUGCGCUCAUGCCGAAGGGUGUGUAGGGUUUUAACGCGUGUGUUAUUCCAGUACCUACCUUUCCCCAUGGCCUUAUCAGUUAUGUUGUCUAGCGAAGGCCACCGAUCAACAGGGUAAGUAAGGUGCUCAAUCUACAGCAGUGCAGUCUGCCUUUAUACUAGAACAUCUGUAGCAACAUCUGAACAUCUGAAUAUUAAGAGGCUGGGCAUAGUCUGUAGAGGCUGUUACAAGAGGAUGGGUCAUGCAUACGAACCAGGCUUGAAAUUAAUCAGUUUUUAUAUGCUCAUAUAUUCGGUAUUAAUAUUCCAAGUUUUAAAAUAAAGACUUUAAAACUAA